AUGGCUAUUGUUCUUCAUGGAGGUAAACCAUAUGUUUUUCUGACUAUGACAUGCAAUCCUUCUUGGAGUGAGAUAACAUCAGAACUUUUGCCUUUUCAAACACCACAAGAUCGUCCAGAUUUGCUAACAAGAAUGUUUCGUUCGAAAUUCGAGCAAUUAAAGGAUGAUAUUAUUAAUAAAGGAGUCUUAGAAAAGGUUAAAAGCUACAUGUAUGUCACUGAAUUUCAAAAACGUGGAUUGUCGCAUGUGGAUAUGUUGUUGGUCUUAGAAAGUAACGACAAAUUGUGUGGCCCAGAAAAGUAUGAUAGUGUGGUAAGAGCAGAAAUACCUAAGUUAGAAUGUGAACCACAAUUGCAUGAAGCAGUUCUAAAACAUAUGAUCCAUGGACCUUGCGGCGUUAUCAAUUGGAAGUCCCCAUAUAAGAAAGACGGACAUUGUAAAAAAAGAUAUCCAAAACAAUUCUUGGAUGAAACACGUCAAGGCACUGACUCAUAUCCUGAGUAUAGAAGAAGGUUUGAUGAACCUAUAUCGUUAAGUAGAGGCAGGUCUGUCGACAAUAGAUGGGUGGUUCCUUAUAAUCCUUGGUUACUGUUAAAGUACGACUGCCACAUCAAUGUAGAGAUUUGCAGUUGGUAUCACCUUCGGAGGGAGAGAUGUUUUACUUGCGAGUACUAUUAUCUCAUGUCAGAGGUCCAACCAGUUGGGAAUAUCUUCUUACAAAUAAUGGCACUCCUUUCAGUAUAUUUAAAAAAUCAUCUGAGGAUAGAGGAUUUCUAG